UGAAAAGAGGGGGAUGCUGCUGAAACACACCUGCUACAUGUUACAUUAGAUACCUUUAGGCAGAAUUCACAUUUUCUUUCCAGUUACUGUAAGUAAAGAACUACACUAGAAAGAGUCUUUUGAACUUGUCAGUAUUCCAAACCAAAGGAGAAAUCAACAACAACAGCAUCAAAAACGAGUGGAUCGUGACCUAUGUAAGGGAGCGUCCAGCUUUACACUCCUGCCGACCAGUUUUAUCCACAGCACCAGGAGGCAAGAUGCCAGUCCAAAUACCGGACGACACCGAUUUCUUAUCUUUCCGAGAUCAAUGUGAAAGUCAGGAUGGCUGGGUCGCCCGUUAUAGUAAAGGAGGAGUGACUGUGUGGUGUCGUGAUGAGGAGAGCAAAACUGUACAGAAACUCAAGAUGAGAGUCGUUUGCAAGGAUGUGACAGCAGAGACACUCUACGAUGUCUUGCAUGACACAAGUUACCGGAAAAAAUGGGACUCCAACAUGAUUGACACUUUUGAUAUUGGAAGGCUGACAGUUAAUGCAGAUGUAGGAUAUUAUUCUUGGAAAUGUCCAAGUCCAUUGAAGAACAGAGAUUUUGUCACUAUGCGGUCAUGGCUUCCUCUUGGGAAUGACUAUCUGAUAAUCAACUACUCUGUCAAACACCCGAAAUACCCACCAAAGAAGGAUUAUGUCAGAGCUGUGUCAUUACUCACCGGAUACUUGAUCCAAUCCAAUGGAGCAAAUUGCUGUACCCUUUAUUACUUAACACAAGUGGACCCACGAGGGUCUUUACCUAAGUGGGUUGUGAAUAGAGUCUCGCAGUUAGUGGCGCCAAAGGCCAUGAAAAAGAUUUACAAAGCCUGCCUAAAAUACCCAGAGUGGAAACGGAAACACGACCCAAAUCUGAAGCCUUGGAGGUACCCAGAGCAGAACACACUGCCCAGCAUCAGUGUGGCCGACCUGACGAUGCAGAGAGCAGAUUCACUGGAUAACAUCGAUGAGAGCAGUGUGAGUGAGGAGAAGGCCCAGCACCACAGUGGGGAUGAUGAUGAGACUUAAGAUCCCUCACAGUGACUCUCUAUGUGCUGUUCUACAUCUGUUAGAGCAGAGUAUGUGUGUGGAUGUGAAAGUGAGUGUGUAACAUCCUCUGUUGAGGACGACUCAGUUACUUCCAUUCUAUACAUGUUACAUUGCUUUCUUGAAUUGAACAAAAUAACAUAAUAUUGUUUUGCAGAGAUUUUGGCAUUUCAAGACUACUCUAUGUCCAUACAUUGAGGCAGAGUCUGAAUGUUUUGGACAUAUUCAUAUUAUAUGCUGAACAAUUAAGAUGUUAUGUUUUAUGGUGUAUGAUAUAAUCAUUCAGCAUAACAACAGUAUCAAUAAAUAUUUUUUGUCUCUUGAACAUGGCAUUAUUCUGUAUUACAUUUCUGGAAAAUCUCUUUCUGAAAUUGUUUGAAAUAAGGUUUCAUGCAAAAAUAUUGCUUUAAUGCAUAUCAUGUUUAUUUAAUGACUUUGCAUCAACACAUUUGAAGCAUAACUCUGUCUGUCAAAUUGUUAUAUUACCAAGGAUGUAACAAAAUAUUCAUGAUUGGGGACGACCAAAGGUAAAAAUGUAUCGGUCAUUGAAAACGACAUAGUGAUCAACCAAUAAUCUAAAUAUUGGCCCCCCUCAAUGUCUAUAGUGGUUAUGGCUCUGUAUAUACUGUAACUAAUAACACCUUAAUAUUUCAGCCCAGCUUCUGAGGUGAAAUUGUUCUAUGUGGAGUUUUGCAGAUAAGAUUUCCACCUUUUUUCCUAUACUGAGAGAAAGAUCUCUCUCUCUCUCUCUCUCUGUGUGUGUGUGUUAAAAGACCUCACAGUUCUGUUUAAUACGCUUGGAUC